AUGUCAAGACUUUCUAGCUAUCACAUCAUGAUAGUCUCGAAGUACUUAAUGACCAUCAACGACUUUAUUAAUUUAGAGUUGGUAUGCAAGAAGUUUGAUGGUAAUAUGGAAAAGUUCCAUUUCAACCCUAUUCCGUUAAAUUACAAAACACUUAGAUACUUCCCAAACAUUGAGACACUUCAUUUGUGGGAUGUAAAAGAUAAGAACUUUAAAAAUGGAUUAAUAACCAACACAGUAGAAAAUGGAGAUUGUGAAAAUAAAGGUGUUUUGAAAAAAAAGUUCUUUCGAAUCAUUGUGUGGUCCAGCGUUGACUUUAAAAUUGUAAACAGAAAUAAAAGUCGAAACAUCGAGUUUAAAAAUGUCACUUACACUCAAAAUUAUAAAAAUAAAUUUGGGAAUAACAUACCACGACGUGUGACAUCAAUUGGUUAUAAAUGUUUCAGUGAAUGUAGUAGUCUGACUAGUAUUACAAUACAAUCAAGUGUGACAUCAAUUGGUGCUUGGUGUUUUUUUGAUUGUAUAAAUUUAAGUAGUAUUACAAUACCAUCUAGUGUUACAUCAAUAGGAAUUCAAUGUUUCGGUGAGUGCAGCAGUGUGAGAAGUGUUAACAUACCAUCGAGUGUGAAAUCAAUUAGUGAUGGUUGUUUUUGUAAAUGCAGUAGUUUGACUAGUGUUACAAUAUCAUUGAAUGUGACAUUAAUUGGUAAUCAAUGUUUCUGUGGUUGCAGUAGUUUAAGCAAAUAA